AUGGUUUCUUCCAAAAUAUUAGCUACGACUGCAUUGGCAUUGCUAUCCAGUGCAAGUGCACUACUUCCAAUCACCAUCAAGGGUAACAGGUUUUUAAGACCACAGGUUCACUCAAAUGCGUCGGAUGUAUUCUUCAUCAAUGGGGUUGACUACCAGCCGGGCGGGUCUUCUGAUUUCAAAUAUAACAUGACAUCUGAUGUCUUGACUAAUCCGGAAGUGUGUGCCAGGGACGCAACUCUUAUUCAAAACCUGGGUGUUAAUACCAUCCGUAUCUACGCCAUUGAUCCAGAUUUGAAUCAUGACGAGUGUAUGUCUAUUUUCAACGAUGCAGGUAUUUAUGUUAUUCUAGACGUUAAUUCACCAUUAGGUGGUGAGAGUUUGAAUAGGGAUGAUCCUGAAAGUUCAUAUAAUGCUUGGUAUAUGUCUAGGGUUUUCAGAGUGAUUGAAGGCUUCAGGUCAUAUUCCAAUGUUAUUGGCUUUUUCAUUGGUAAUGAGGUUAUAAAUGACGAAAAAUCUGCUGAUUUGGAUCCUCCUUAUCUAAGAGCAAUAACGAGAGACGUCAAAGCUUACUUGAAGAAUAGAUAUAAUGAAGACAAUGAGAGUAGGGAAAUCUUUGUUGGUUAUUCUGCUGCGGAUGUUGUUUCAUUAAGAAUGCCAACUUUUGAAUAUCUAACUUGUGAAAUAGCAGACGAGGACAUUGACUCCUCGGUGGACUUCUUUGGAUUGAAUUCUUAUGAAUGGUGUUCCGGUGUUAACGACUGGGAUUCCUCUGGGUACAAGGAUAUAAAGACAGAUUUUGCCAAUUCUUCUGUUCCAGUUUUUUUCUCUGAAUAUGGUUGUAACAAAAAGAGCCCACGUACUUUUGAAGAAGUAAGUGGUGGUAUCUACGAUGGACUAAUUGAUGUAUUGGAUGGCGGGUUAGUUUAUGAGUAUUCUGAAGAAACCUCUAACUACGGUCUGGUUGAUAUUGAAGAUGACAGUUCUGUCACAUUAUUAGGUGAUUACUUUAAUUUCAAAUCACAGUUAGAGAAGUCAAAUAUUCCAAAUAUUUCAGAUAGUGACGUUGUUGACUACAAACCAAAGAAAUGCAAUGCCACCUCCAUCCAACAACUGGAUAAAUCGUUUAGUGCUAAUUUUACUCUUCCAAAGGCUAAUAAAGAUACACAAUAUAUGAUUGAUCACGGUGUAGAAGUUGCACAUAAGGGACAAUUUGUAAAUGUCGACAAGUACUUGAACUUAUACGUUUCCGGGGCAUCAAGUUCAGGAAAUGCAACCACAGCAGAGUUUGUGGUUUCUACUGGUGAAGAAACUUCAACUACUUCUAUCUAUUUGACCUUGAACUCUGACAACCUCAUCAAUGGCAAAGCACAAAAGACUACAACGUCAAACUCAUCAUCUUCGUCAUUAUCUUCAACUACUGUCUCAUCAUCUACAACCACCUCGUCGGCAUCGUCUGCCACUGUUUCUUCUAUUUCGACUACACAUAAGAACGAGGGAGGUAGACUUGGCACAUCAGCAAUCGCUACUUUCUUUGGUGUCUUGAUGGCCCUAUUUUAA